AUGUCCAGCAGAGUGCUGCACGUUUCCCGCUGUUUCACAGAAACCUUGCCCAAAAUCGUUGGCGAGGCAGAAUGGAUCUUCAUCAGUCUCUGUGCCAGCUUCACAAUGUUGGUCUCUCCUUGGAUCAGAUCCUGGUCCAAAAUAUCGUCGAUUGGAGUCUUGAGAUCAAUCGAGAUCAAAAACUCCGCAAGCACACGGUUCACCAAAGUGAUCACCAUGUCAUAG